AUGACAUCGUUGAGAUUGUUGCUGGUGCUGGUGUUGCUGCAGUUCGCUGGCCUGUUGGCCUGGCAGGACUACAAGGACUAUAAGGUGUUUGAGCUGAAGCCACAAGAUGCCAAUCAGCUGGAGCUACUGCGUCGGCUGGCGCGGGAGCAGCCCCACUGGGACAUUCUGGGCACACGGCGCAGUUACAAUGAGAGCGGAUUGCGUGUCCUGGUGGCGCCCAACCAAGUGAACAGUUUGCUGAAACAGCUGAAGACACAUCACAUAGAACAUCAGCUGCUCUGGAAUGAUAUGUCCUUGCUGCUGCGGCAACAGCGUGCUGAGAAUGAGCUCAGCAAGUCGCGUUCCGCGUUGCCCUUCAUCGAUGUCUUGGGUGGUUUUUAUACGCAUGCAGAGAUCAAUGAGUAUCUGAAGAGCUUGCCCCAGCGAUAUCCGCAGCGUGCGCUGCUCAAACAGUUUGGGAGGAGCUACGAGGGACGUGCUCUGAAGCUGCUGACCAUCAACAAUGGGGAUGGAAGACCGAAUAAGCCGGUGAUCCUUAUCGAUGCCACAAUGCAUGCACGCGAAUGGAUUGCGCCCUCAUUCGCCUUGUACAUCAUUCAGCAGCUGUUGGACCAUAAUGUGGAGCAUGCCGAUCUGCUCCAGGACUAUGAUUGGGUUAUUAUGCCAGUUGUUAAUGCGGAUGGCUAUGAAUUUACUCACACAGACUCGCGCUACUGGCGCAAGACGCGCAAACCCACCUGGGAUCCGGAGAACAUUGGCACCGAUCUGAAUCGGAAUUUUGGCUACGAGUGGGGACACGACGAAGGUUCCUCAGCGGAUCCCGCUGAGGAAAUUUAUCGCGGCGAGCACGCGUUUGAUCAGCCCGAGUCGCAGGUGGUACGCGACGUGCUGCUGCACUACAGCGAUCGCUUGGACUUUUACCUCUCACUCCACUCGUAUGGAAACUAUCUCUUGCUGCCAUGGGGUCACACAAGUGCCUUCCCCUCAAAUUACUUUGAUAUGAUGGAAGUGGCGGAUGCGGGCGCCAUGGCGAUCGUACAGGCUACCAAUGGCAUUUAUAGCUACGGCAGUGGAUAUCAUUUGAUGUACCCUACGUCUGGUGAUUCCACAGAUUAUGCUGUGGGCGUUGCCAAUGCAACGGUGGCGAUAACCAUGGAGCUACCAGCUGGCGGAUUCCUUGGCUUCGAUCCGUGGGUCUCGCACAUCGAAGGCAUUGUCACCGAAAGUUGGGUGGGUGUGCGUGCCAUGGCCCUGGAGGUGAUAAGACGUUACCAGACUCGGUCGUAA